AUGCUUACGACAAGUUUCAUGGCAGUGGUGGAACCGAAAAACGCUACCUUUGCUGCUUGCCGUAUUUUCGCGUUCCACGCCCCUGGUAUCCUUGUCGUCCGCGGUCCUUUCCCCCGCGCCCUCGGCCGUUGUGGCCCCUUCUUUAUUAUAUGGAUGAAGUUUGGAGGUAUGAGACUUUGGCGACACCGACGUUGGGUAUGCUUUGGUAGGGCAAGGGCAAAUUAUGGUCUCUCUUCUUUGCUCCUCCGCCGUUUUAGCGUUCCUUUUUUCCACCCUCUCCACGGAAACUAUUUUCAUCGCUUUCUUCCGGUCUCGUGGCCCUGUCCUUGCACCCUUGACGGCGGGUUUCUACGCGUCGUUUUAGCUGGUGUUUCAGAAACUCAGUAUUCGUGCGCAAGAGGCACCUUCGUGCAUUUCCUUCUCCCAGUCUUAUCCCUUCAUCGCCAUAUUCACUGCUUCCCGCUGGAGUGUCGCAUUUUCCACCACUUCCCAAUGGCAGGGUCAAAUCUUUCUUCCUAUAGUGAUAGAGGCAAAUGUGUCACUUAUACCAGUUUGUAA